AUGGCGAUGAAGACGACCACGGCAGCGAGGAUCGGGAUCGCGUCUAUCCUCCUUAUCGUGCUACUGGCUCUUAGCGGUACCUCGGCCUCCGCCGGCUCGGCUUUGAGGGGCAGGGACGUUGACCUCGAGGGAGACGUCGAUCUUCUCGCCGAAGCUGAAGAGAUCAACUGGCGUAGCCUCCAGGGCGAAGUAUUGAGUUGA